AUGUUUGGUGCGUUGUCGGGCAUGUUCGAAUACAUCAACGGGCUGAAUGCUCACUAUGCGGCUCUGAGCUACGAGGAGCAGAAGGCAAUGACUAUAGUUGAGAGAUUGAGCAUUUACAACUGGAGUUUUGAGUUGUGUGCUUUGGGUUUGCUUGCGUUGGUUGUUUUGGCAUACAAGGUCGGUACUUCCAUCAAUGUCGGCAAGGCCAAGAAAGUCAUGACAUCAGUGAAUUCGUUCUUGAACGAUGAACUAUGUUUUGCCAAGGUAGGUAUCGUGGACCCUAGGUUCCCAACCCGUAUGUACAACUCAGAGCGUCAGAACACUUGGUUCACCACAUUCGCCACAGGUCGUUCAGCCAUUGCCUCUAUCAGAGUCAACUUGCAUCUACCACCAUUGAACAACCCCUUCACAUUGUUCAUCGAAGGCAUCCUUGCCUACGCAUUCCCGGUCUUGAAGUCCAAGGAAUUGGAGAGUUUCAUCGAAGUUGUUAUUAGACCUAACGGUAUUCACUUCGGUUCCACCACCCAGGAAUUGACUAACGAUAAAUUGAAGGCCAGAAAGGACAUCCUGGCCAAGUUCAAGUUUAUCACUGCUGUUGUGAACAAACAUGUUAUGAACGAAGUACGUGACGACCAUUACUUCCUAUCUCUAUGUGCUACUACCGAUAAUGACGCUUUACCACAAGAAUAUGUCUUCAUGUCUGAGAUGAACCAGUUGAAUGGCUUCAUUACCAACUACUUGUCCAAGACCAAGACUCCUUUGAAUGAAGCUCUAAAGCAAAGCAACAGAAUCCUGGAGUUCAUCGCAUUCACCGAUCUACCAAGUGACAAGCCAUUUUCCGUUGAAGAAUGGAACGAAGAGACCCACGACCCACGCAUCCUUAUCCGCACCGCUGUUCCAAACUCAACAGCUGAACUUGAAGCUUUGAACAAGCUGAUCAGUGUUGCUGUGGAGGUUUACGACAAUUACACUGCAGAAUUAUCCACUAAGGGCUUCGCCUAUGUCACCAACGAUAUGUUGAAGAAGUCCAACAACAUGAGAACACAAGAACUUGAGAAGCUAGUAAAGGCCGCCAAGAUGAAGGCAUUGGAAGAGGCUAAGGAGAAGAAGCUAGCUGAAGAGAAGGAGAGAAGACGUCAACUAAAGGGUACCACUGAGCAGCAAAAGUUGGACCAAAAGAUGAAGGAAAAGAGAGAGAGACGUCAAAGAAAUAAGCAAAAAGUUAGAAUGUAA